AUGGAGGAAGCUCCAGAACAUCGAGGUCUUGCCCAUACAAACAAUGCAACAUCAAAUAAAGAAAAACACCGUCCAAAAUCCCGGGGUUCGACGACCAGUCUGCAGUCUGUCGGCGUAGGAAGCGCAUUUCAACCGCCUCAACCGCCGGACGACUCGACCAUGCCGCUCGAUCAGAGUGGCUUCUACAUGCAGCAUGGCCAUCACCCGGCCGCCGCAAUGUACAAUGCCAAUCCUGAAGAGAUGCUCAUGCACUAUCCGCACAGCAUGGCUGCACACCUUCAACAACAGCCUCUAGAUCCCUCGGCGGGUUUACCACAACACGACAUGCGGCCCAUGUCACAACAAGCAUUCCAGGAGAUGCAACAUUUCCCCAUGCAAUAUCCUCAUGGACUACCGCCCUACGCUGUCGGCCAUCAGCAUAUGCAUCAUAUUCGCCAUCAUUCAGAACAGUUCGAAGGAUCGCCCGCGCCGGAUGACUCGAACACGGAAAACGGGGGUGCGAAGCGAAGAAAAGGAACGGCUUCCAGUGUGGCAAAUGACCAAGAGCUGAGACGUCUACUUGCGCAGUACCAAGGCAAAUCCUUGAAUGAGGUUGCCGCCGAGGUGCAAAAGAACGAGGGGUCUGGAGGGAAGUCGGAGAAAGCAAAACAAGUCUUCGCCAUGCUAUGGCUGCAAGAAAGCUGCCAACGAUCUUCGAAUUCGGUCCGCCGCGACCGUGUGUUUACUCGAUACACGGAGCGCUGUGGUAAUGAGCGGGUCCCCACCCUAAACCCUGCAUCGUUUGGCAAGCUUGUGCGAAUCAUCUUCCCCAAUGUACAGACGAGAAGACUCGGCGUUCGAGGCGAAUCCAAGUAUCACUACGUGGACCUGUCGUUGGUUGUGGAUGAUGACGACCGACAAUAUGUCCCGGCACAGGAAAGACCUGGAACUGCGACCGGCAGUCAUCAUGAAAGACACGGAUCCCACGCGGAAUCCAAGCAUCUCUUCAAGACACACAUCUCACCUCCUGUGGAACGACCGCUUUCCCGUGCCACCGUGGAGACGGCCGACUUCCCAGCUCCUAGUGCCGCGUUCUUAGCCCGGGAAACUGCUGAGCCCGAGGACGUGGUGUCACCACCAGUGAGGCCACACAUGCAGAAGAUGGAUUGUAAAUACAUUAAUACCCCGACGAUCCGCUUGCCUGUCAAAACUCUUCCUGCCAAUGUUGUGGCCGCCUUACCUUCGGUUCGACCUAAUCUACCCGCCAGUCUGGCUACGUACCUCGGAAUGCCGACCAUCGAUUCUCUGUCCCAGGUCUCAUCUUCGUCGCAAGAGGCGCCGAUCGAAUUUCCCGACAUCUUCCCGUACCUCGAAGGCACAACUUAUGACGCCUCGAUUGCCAAGGCUUUGUUCCAUCUCUAUCGUUCCUACUGCAUCGAUGUGAUCGAUGCCUUUCGCAAAUGCAAGGAAAAGCCCUUUUUUAAUCACCAUUCGGCCUUCAAUGGCAAAAUGACUGUUCCGGUGUCCAAGCUAUUUUCCACGGAAUGUCUGGCCCCGUGGAUUCAAGAAUGCGACAUGCGCAUGUACAAACAAAUCGUGCGAUUCAUCGCUCCCUUGGCUGUCCAAAACGUGCCAGAUGUGGUGUGGAAUGUGUUCGACCGGAUCGGGGCGCGACUGGUCAGUCAUCUCAUCUCAGCAUUCGAGGAAAAGUGCCCAGUCCAUGUGGUAGUGGCCAAGACAGUGCCGGCCGCGAGGUUUGCGAAUCUGCUGAAAAAGCUCAAGGGCGCCAAUGCCGCAACGCUGCAACUGAGUCGCAUGUUGGAGGAUCCACAGCAGCGAACGCAAAUGUGGCUCGAUCUGAUGGCCAUGGUCGAUCCGGAGCGUUUGCUAGAGGAGAGCAUGCCACCACCGGAAAGCCUGGAGAGGAUACAAGGUGUGCUAAAACACGACAUGAGGCCGCUUGUCUUCCCGGUCGACGGUGAAUUGGUGCGGGCCGCCGAGGAGGAUCCUACCAGUGGCUACGCAAACUUCCUCAAGGACGACUUGGAGUGGGAGGGGGGGAUCCUUCCUCCCGAAAGCCCGGAGCAGGCCAUGCCAUUGUUGGAGAAAUGGAUCAAUUGGCUGGAGCAGUUGGCCCAAUUGUUCGCUGGCCAUCAUCCGCAAUGUAUGGUUGAUUGGCAUUCCCGAUUCUGGAGCAGCGUCAUGAUGCAAAUGGGACAGAACGGCGCCCACAGUUAUCAGUCGUGGUGGUUUGUGGAGUCGUUUACCACGCAGAUGUUGGGGUGGAUGACCCAGAUGGAGGGGUUGUUGAUGGAUGAAGAGAGUCAGAAGCUGGCGGAUGAAAGAGAAAAGGAGAAGAGCACGGAGAUGGCGGCUCAUCCGAGUUCAUCUAGUGGUGCGGUGAAGCGGAAGAGAGCGGAGGAAGACGUCGAAGGAGACGAGCAGGCCAUGGCCGAGAUUGGCGCCCACCAACCAAAGAAACUGGAGACAGCCCCGAAGAGUCCGCCGACCCUUCCUGCAGUUCCGUCGGGAGAACAGGCGACGGCUGAGGUGGAUGAUGAUGAAACAGACGCCGAACUGGAUGAACUGCGUCGCGGAGGCCCUUUAGACUUGCCGAGCUUCCACACCGGCCUGAGCAGUCCGGUCAAGAGACAGGCGGGCGGUCACCCUCAUGACGACAGUGGCAUUGACCUGGGCUUGGACGUGGAUGCCGAGGCGGAAAAAGAGGCCAAGAAGUUCAAUAAGAGAGACUGGCUGCUCAGCAGCGACCCUGUGGAUUCCCCGAUCGGACUGGGAGUGUUGGUAUGA